AGCAGUACCAUACAUAUAACCACACAUCUUUUCACAUAAUCGAUGAUUGACCAGUUGGGAGGGGAGAGAAAUCAGUUUUUCCGUUUUUUCUUCUCGCACGAGCAGCAACGCACAGUUCGAUCCAAGAAUAAUUUGGGGUGUUUUUUCGCAUUUCUGCUCGGACUUUAUUAGCCAAUUAUGGAUUCUUUGGCGAACUACGGAAGCGACGGUGACAACAGCAAUAAUUCCGAAGAUACAAAGAUGCCUGGUUCGAAAGGCUCGGCGAGCCUCGAGAGAAGAUCCAGCGAUGCUAAUUAUGAUCCGGUACAAAUGGACAUGAGUGAGGAAAGCAACAACAACAAUUCAUCCGAGGAUUCUGGAACCCACAGUCCAGCCCAUGAAACUCAUAGCUCAUCUUCGAGGAAGGAAUCUUCACGACAGAGGACUUCCCCGACAGACCAGAGGCGUUCGGACCACGAGACAAAUGCGUCGAGUUCACGAGAGGAUCAUCAUCGGAGCCGGGUCGAGAGAAACGAGAGCCGUCGUUCUCGAGAAAGGAGCAGCAGAUCGGGACGUUCGUCCUACGAAGAGAGACGCUAUCGUAGCGAUUCAGCUCGUGGAGAAUCACGCGAGUCGAAAAAAUCCCGUGACGAUGAUAGAAAAGCGUCGCGGGAGCUCGAAGAGCGUAGAAGGGAUCGGAAAUCAACGAGCUCCUGCAGGGAAGACAAUCGAUACGAGGAUCGCGAUAGAAACGAUCACAGGGAUGAUCGAAGAGAUCGCGAUCGAGAUCGAUCCGAGCGAAGUCACCGACGAGAUCGAGACCGAGACCGAGAUCGAGAUCGCCGUCAGUCGCGCGAUGAAAGAACCAAAGAAUCGCGUUAUCGAGAUGAUCGUUCUUCGCGCGAGACUAAAGAAAAAACUCGUUCGCGAUCGAGGUCGAAAGAACGAGCAUCGACGAUGCAAUCCUCAUUCAGAGCCGCCAUGGGUCGUAAUAAAUUGGCGCAAUUGGAAAAAUUGGGCAUCGAGCUGAAACCUCCCGUUGGAGAGCCUGUUAUUCCCGCUAUCGUCGGGGAGCCUAAUUAUUACAACCCACUGGCAACCGCUACCCAAGGAAAAUAUGCCGAGCAGAUACAAAAGAGAAAACUUCUUUGGGCGAACAAGUCGAAACAGGAGGAAGGCAAAACCGCGACAGGAGCCUCGACCGCGAACACGUGGAUGGGGACGACCUUUACUCACGAUCAGGAUGGCAAAGUAACUGCCAAAUUCAAGAGACUCAUGGGAAUCAAAGACGAUACGCCGAUCGUUUCACAACAAACCGGUAACAAACCGGAUAUACUAAAAAAACAGGAAGAAAUGUUCAAUAAUAUGGAACAACAAUACGAAGUGGCGAGAGCAACCACUCAUACUCAACGAGGUGUUGGUUUAGGAUAUGCAACCGGGGGAUAUCAGUUUCCACGAUAAAAUUAUUGCCUCAAAUUUUUACAGUCCAUCAUAAGUGGAUAUGUUCAUUGUUCUAUAUUUAUGUACGCCUAUAUAGGACAAGGAAAAGGAGAAAAAAAAACGUUCAGUAGGUUGGGCUUGAACGAAGAAAAUUUUCCCUCGCAGUAUUCCGCUUUUGAUUUACAACAUAAAGAAAGAACAAAAAACAAAAAAAUAAAAUGAAUCUUGUUUAAACUUUCACUUUUUUUUCACUCCUUAUUUUUUGAUCGUCAAAUUAUCAGGUACUAAAAGAUCGAUGCCGUUUUGGGUUACUCAAAUAUCUUCUAUACAACUCUCUUGAAUUGUCUACUUUUCAUGCAACGUCCUACAAUUUGCAGAGUAAAUAAAUCAUAUUUUGCGAUUACGAAUAAGGGAUAUUCUUCAACCAAUCGAACGAUGCUUUUUUUUUCAUUUCAUUAUUUCAAUUUGAUCCCCGUGUUGGAAAAGUUGUCGUUUUCCCUUUGAACAAAAUUGAUUUUUCGCGUAUUCGCCGUAAUACAAAAACAUUGUAUACGGUGCGAGGAGUCGAAUAAAACGUUUGUUCCGACUUGAUUUAGAGACGUGAAUGGGAGUGUAAAAAAAAAUACGAAAGUAUCGAAAAUUGAACGAUAUUAGGACCUUGUAUUAUAAUAAGAAAAUAAUCCUCAAAAAUAAAUCAUUUUUAAAUAAAUUACCUUUGCUUUCAUUCAAAGUUUUUCGCUAAUAAACAUCUUUUUCAUACUUAGUCUCGAGAUCUUGUGUCUCCAGAUUAAUUUCGUUGUACCCCAUUUUCAAUAAAUGUAUCAAAUUGUGUAAUCAGCAAA